CUGAUGAUCUGCUGGAUGAUUUCGGGUGUAAAACAUGGAGCUGGCGGAGAGGAGACGCAGCCGAAAAUCACAGAGCUUUAAACUGAUCAGUGAGACAGACUACAGGCAUGAAUCUGAAAGCGUGGAGCACUUUGGCACAGACAGUAAAUCACUAGACAUCUCUGAGAAUGAAACUUGGUUAGGUGAAGAGGGCAUGGAGAUUAAAAGACAGAUCACAGGUAUGAUGCGACUGCUGAGUGAUAAGGCAGGACGAGUGUACCAGCGAGUUGGCAGUGAGGGGGAAACCCUCAAAGAGGAGCCACAAGAGGAGGAGAUGAGCUGGGAUUUUACUCAGAACCGCAGUCCAGAGGAUCCAGAGCACUGCUGGAACUCAGCAAAUAACAGCCAGUAUGAUACACGCUCCAAAACCCAAAAGUUGCUCGACCACACUAAAAACAGAGACUCCUCUCUGCCCAAUGUGCCUGCCAGCAUGACGGCAGAACCCAGCUGCUGCAUGUGCAAUUGUAAGAGCACACUGCAGGCCAUUCUGCUGGAGUUACGCACUAUGAGAAAGCUCAUGCAGACUCAACAAGAGCCACCUGAAAAACAGUGCUCGGUGGGCAACCCUUCAUCCACCUGCAGAAAAAGAUCUCGCAAAAGGAGAGCAGUCCACAGAGUGUCGGUACUAACCCUCCCAAGAAAGCCUACCGCAUCUCCACAGACUAACGUUACCCACGGUCUCAAACAGAUCUGCCAAGAAGAACAAGAGAGGAUAGAAAUGAAGGAAAGAGAAAGAAAAGACAGGGUUCAGUCUUCCUCUUCAUCCAUACCCUUCUGUAACUCCACACCUUCUUCUCACUACAGCCUGAACAGAGUGCAGAACUGCACCGAGCUGGAGGUGCAGUUGGCGGAGGAUUAUGAGGUCUUCAUCCCGAAGGCGCAGUUGGACUCUAUCUUGCUAAACUACACACGCUCGGGCAGUUUGCUUUUCAGGAAGCUUGUCUGCGCCUUCUUUGAUGAUGCCACACUUGCUAAUUCAUUGCCCAAUGGCAAGAGGAAGAGAGGCUUAAACGACAACAGAAAAGGACUGGACCAGAAUAUAGUGGGAGCCAUCAAAGUGUUUACAGAAAAGUACUGCACUGCAAACAGAAUUGAAAAGCUUCCUGGUCCACGAGACUGGGUCCAGAUCCUUCAGGACCAGAUCAAACUGGCACGGCGUCGCUUAAAAAGAGCGGAGACGACUACAGACUGUGAUGAGAUCAACAGGACAUGGUUAGAUAAAACAGGUGCUGAUUGUGUGCAAGCAGAGUGUGUAGCUGUGGAAAAUUUGUAAAAGUGUAUGUUUUGUUCACCAAAGGUCUAAGGGUUUUGUUUUGUUGAUUUGUUUUGACUGGUAUAAAGUGUUACAUGUUGGCUAAAGGUCAGUCUAAUCUGCGUGCAGAGACUUGACAAGUUUAGCCCACAGGAAAUUGUGCCAUUUCACUAAUGAAGGACUACAAGAAUUAGCUCACUCAACAACAGAAACCUCCUCUAGCUCUCUUCAUACGCUGUUAUAAAACUUUCUAUGCUCUAUUGCAGUUUCGUUUUUGUGAAUUUAAAAGUGUGUGUAAAUGAUAAUGUGAGUUUGUAUGUCUGUAACUUAAUUGAAGUGCUUUAUGAAACAAACUGGAAUUUUAAUGUGAAGAAAAUAUGACUGUGUGCCUUUAAUACUCUGUAUAAAUGAAUUUCUUCAUCACUGUUUCUAUGUACAUUUACAGUUCUGAUGGAAGUUUAGCAUACUAUUUCCUACAGCCCAAAUUUAACAGAUAUAUUAACA